AUGCCGCUACGCUACACGGCCGCUUACGGAGUUCAUCAGAGGGACAUCCCAACACAUGGAGGUCUCUCUGCCGCCAGCGCUGAUAUUUGGCGUCGGGUAUUUCCGAGCCCCUCGGUGAAAUCCGAGGUCCCCCGGGCUGCUAGCCCCCGCAACCCCCUUGCGGCGUUAACCUUCGCCUUCUUGCUCUCGCGUCGCCCGUCCGUCCUGCAGCUGGAAGCGCUGGGCUACCUGGGGGCCGAGCAGCUCGCCGUGCUGGCGGCCCAGCCGGGGUUCCUGGGCAACUCGAGCCUCGUCAUCAAGAUUUUUGAACUUUCCCUGCUGUCCUACGAGUCCGCGGCCACCUUCCUGGACAAGCUCAUUGCCACCGCCAAUCCCUCGACGCUGUCCGACCUGAACCUCGACGCCAAGCGCCUGGUGCUCACCUUCGUGUGGGCCCUACUGGAGCCGCGCUUCCCCACGCUGGGCGAGGCCGAGUGGGGCGGCGCGUGGCUCUCGCGCCGCCUUCCGCCGUUCCUCGUCGCCAUCCAGCCCUAUCAGGUGGCCUCCGUGCCGGCCUCGUUCAACUGCUCCGCUUUCCAGGCCUUCUACGACAGCUUCGAGAGCCUCUACGACCGCCUGCCUGUGCCCGUGCGCACCGAGGUCGCCCGCAAGAUCACGCAGCUACUACAGCCAACAGUGGCCGAGAGGUGCGGCAAGAACGUGACGAGCGAGGAUCUGCUGCUCAAGUACUACGGCUUGUUCUACCGGGAGGCCAACUUCAGCGACUUCACACAGCUCCUACCCAGCUUCAACGGGAGCGCGAUGAUGACGUCGUCCACCAAGCUGACCGCGUUGCAGCUCGCCGACCUCCUGAUCUCGCUGGGGCCGCGUGGCACGCGGGCCGACGCCACCCAGGCACUGGCGCAGUUCAGCACUUUGCCCUGGCCCUCGUCGGACCUCGUUGCAUUCACAGAGCGCAUCGGCAAGGGUGCCGGGCAGUUGAGCGACGAGGUGCGAUCCGAGCUCGUGACAGGGCUGUGGGGGCACCUGACUCCUCACCUCGUCAAGAUGAAAGAGGUAGAGCUGAGCACGUGGAUGGGCCAUCUCCUUGGGCCCCUGCUACCUGCCCUCUCGCCCAGCACCCAACUCUUCCCAGCCGGACUCACCUGCUCGUCGUACCUCAUCAUGACGGCUGCUCUCAACAACUCCUACGACAAUUUGUCCGCGUCCACCCAGCACAGCGUUUACCUGCAGACGAAGCAGUACCUGAUAGUGGAGAAGGGCUGCCCCUUGGCCAACGUGACGAGCGGCACCUUCCUCUCCACGUACCUCGGCAAGUUCAGCCGCCAAGCCGCCUUCUCCGAGUUCACGGAGAUCCUGCCGACCUUUCAACCCUUGCAGGUGCUGGAGCAGCUGAGCCCUGCGCAGCUCGGUGAGCUGGCGGGGGUGCCCGGGCUGCUGAACAGCACGGCCGUCGUGGACCAGAUUUUGGCGAACGUGCACGGCAUGGCCGAGCUGUCGAGCUUCAUGGAGCGCUACACCAACGCGAGCACGUCGCAGCCCAGCGUGGAGGUUCGCGCACGCAUGAUGAGUCAAGUGUGGGGGACGCUGGGCCCGAGCUUGGCCACCCUGCCCGACGCCCAGGUGUCCGUGUGGUUUUCGCGGUACCUCGCCCAGCUACUGCCGACGGCCACGGCGGCCCAGCUCGCCUCCCUGCCGCCAUCGCUCAACUGCUCCGCCUUCCAGGCCACCGUGGGAGGCCUGGACGGGGCCUACAGCUCCCUGAGCGUGGACGCACGGCGCGUGGCCUACCUGUGGAUGUCUCGCUUCCUCUCCGUCCUCCCCACAGAGGCCCCGCGCUGUGGGGUCCCCGCUGGCACCGCUUCAGGCUGGAUCCCUGCCAACCUCGGCCACUUUGUGCUGCUCGCGAGCCGCACUGACCUGCAGGGCUUCCUCACCGACGCUCAGCAGCUGGACGCGGCGCUCACGACGGACGCGGUGGUGGACACGUUUCGGGCGGCGCGUGAUCUGCCCUCGGACCUCCAGAAGAUGGUGCUGGGCGCGAUGCUCAACCGCAACUUCACUGCUGACAAGAUUCCGGAUUCCGUGAUUUGCGUUUACCCGGACGUGACGACCGUGCCCCCGACGGACGCGGUCCUCGUCGCCAAGCUCAAGGCGUGCCUCCAGAACGCCAGCGCCGUCUCCGCCAGCGCCCAGCAGCAGCAGCAGCAGAAGGUCGCCCUGGCGAUUCUCGCGGGUGCCGGGCAGCAGCUCAGCGGGGCGAAGUUGAUAGAGCUGGGGCCCGUUGCCCUGCUCCUGAGCCCCGCCGCCAUCGCCAACUUGAACGGGCAGGCGGUGCUGACCGCGUUGCCCACCCUGGGGCAGCAGAGCGGAUGGAGUCUUGCGCAGGCCCAGCAGUUGGUCAAUAAACUGGUCGGCAUGGGAUUCAACGUGAGUGGCACAAGCGCACGCGGUGGUCUGUACCCCUGUUAGGCUGUGACCCCCCCUAUAUGCACCCGUGACCCCGUGUGAACCUGUGACCCCCCCGACGUGAACCCGUG